UUUACUAAAGCAACUAAUGAUAAACGCAAUCGUUUAGACGAAUGGAAAUAUCCAUUAACGUUUUUGUAUUCCUCCUCUACACUCUGGUCGUGAUCUACCUUCAGCACUUCGUUAACAAGUACACAGAGUUCGUCCGCAGCCUCUAAAUGUUGGGCCUUCAGACAUACGCCAGUUCCUCGGAGGGAGAAUCAGACCAUGAGGACGCCGGCGCCACCGCCACGGCCGGUGCCAAAUCUGAGUCCUCCGCUCCCAUUCCGGAUCACCUGCUGCCCGUGGACAAGACACACUCGCUUUCCAACUCCAUUGCUGUUUGUGCGGCACCAACGGUGGUUCCCCUUGGAGCAUCGGCCGUGCCCCGAACUCUGGAUCCCACGCUCAAGGAGGUAACCUACAAUCCGCGCUACGAGGAGAUGUAUGCUCCGGUAAAGGGUCCGGAACAUCCAGACCUCACCAUGCAACAGCGCGCUCCGCGAAACACCCUGGCCGGCUACGUGGAGAAGGCCCACAUAAAUGCGUUCGAGUUUGAGAACCAGCGACGCACCUUUCACACCUACGGCUACGCAUUGGACCCCAGCGUGGACGAGCAGGCGGACGGGCAGUCUUUUGUGGGUGACCUGCAGUCCGCGUACGAUGACAACGGCAAGACGGUGUUCGAGGCGCCCAAGGCAAAGAAGCUGCGCAAGCAGGAGAAAAAUGAUAAUCCCGAGGACAUUGAAGGCUUUCUGGGGCCCUGGGGCAAGUUCGAGAACGAGGUGUCGGUGGCAAAGCCAAAUGAACAGGAGCGCGCCGAACUGGACGAGCUGCUGUCUAAGCGGCAUAAGCGCGGACGCAUUCCCGAGGACAAGCCGCUCGAAGAGAAGUCGACACUGCACAUCAAGGAUGCUUACGACUACCAGGGCCGCUCUUAUUUGCAUGCUCCUCAUGAUCUGGGCGUGAAUCUAAGAUCGAAUGCACCGCCGCCAAAAUGCUUCCUGCCCAAGGCGCACAUACACACCUGGUCGGGCCACAAUAAGGGCAUUUCCUCCAUUCGCUGGUUCCCCAAGACCGCUCAUCUCUUGCUCUCCGGCUCGAUGGACUGCCGGGUCAAACUGUGGGAGGUUUAUGGCGAACGACGCUGCAUACGGACCUUUUCCGGUCAUCGGCAGGCCAUCAAGGAUAUUGCGUGGAACAACAAGGGUACCAACUUCCUGUCUGCUUCAUAUGAUCGCUACAUAAAGUUGUGGGAUGCCGAAACGGGCGAUGUAGUGUCCCGAUUCACCACCCGUAAGAUGCCUUUCUGUGUGAAAUUCCAUCCCGAUAAUAGCAAGCAACAUUUGUUCGUUGCCGGUACCUCCGACAAGAAGAUCAUUUGCUGGGACACUCGCAGCGGUGAUAUUGUACAGGAAUACGACCGGCACUUGGGAUCAGUGAGCACCAUCACCUUUGUGGACGACAACCGACGGUUUGUAACCACCUCGGACGACAAAUCAAUGCGCAUAUGGGAGUGGGACAUUCCUGUGGACAUGAAGUACAUUGCCGAUCCCACUAUGCAUUCCAUGCCGGCGGUCACAUUGGCGCCGAAUGGCAAAUGGAUGGCCUGCCAGUCGUUGGACAAUAAGAUCGUUAUCUUCUCCGCCCUCAAUCGCUUCAAGAUGAAUCGCAAAAAGACCUUCACCGGUCACAUGGUCUCUGGCUAUGCCUGCCAGCUGGACUUUUCACCGGACAUGAGCUACCUGGUGUCGGGCGAUGGCGAUGGUAAAUGUUAUAUUUGGGACUGGAAGACGACGAAGAUGUACAAGAAGUGGCAGGCGCACGACGGCGUCUGCAUCAGUGCACUCUGGCAUCCGCACGAGGCCAGCAAAGUGGUCACCGCUGGUUGGGAUGGCCAGAUAAAAUACUGGGACUAAAGGUUCGCACAAAAUAAUCUAGAUAGAUGUAAGCCAAACUGAUGUGUAAAUUGAUUGAUUAUAUUGCAUACCCAUUAUGUUCGAA